UCCAACUCAGAGGAGCUUCUAAAAGUUUUAUGUCAGAAUGCAAAGUACUAAGAAUCACAAGACAUAGAAAUCUCUUGAAAAUUUUGAGCGCUUGUUCUAGUGUGGAUUUCCAAGGUAAUGAAUUUAAGGCUUUGGUAUAUGAGUUUAUGGCCAAUGGAAGCUUAGAGAAAUGGUUGUGUCAUGAUGGAAUCGAAAAUAAUGGACAAGAAGAAGAAUCCAGAAAUCUAAAGUUGAUUCAAAGGCCAAACAUUGCCAUAGAUGUUGCUUCUGCAAUUGAGUAUCUUCACUGUCAUUGUGACUCAACAAUUAUUCAUGGUGAUCUAAAGCCAAGUAAUGUUCUUUUGGAUGAUGAGAUGAUCGCUCAUGUUGGAGACUUUGGGUUAGCCAAAAUUAUCUCCACUAUUUCAGAUGAGGUGGUACAACAUCAGAGCAAUUCAACUGCAGUAAGGGGAGCUAUAGGCUAUGUUGCUCCAGAGUAUGCCAUGGGCAACAGGGCUUCCACAAUAGCCGAUGUGUAUAGCUAUGGGAUUCUUCUCUUGGAGAUGUUUACAGGUAAAAGACCAACUGAUAACGUAUUUAAGGAUGAUCUAACUCUUCAUAUCUUGGUUGAGAGUGCUUUGCCCGACCAAGUGCUAGAGAUUGUGGAUCCCUACAUUCUUUCAGAACACGGGCCAAGAAGUUGGCUUAAAGACAAUCUGGUUUCUAUCUUGAGAAUUGGAGUUGCAUGUUCAAUGGAAUCACCAAGGGAUCGAAUGCAGAUUCAAGAUGUAGUUAACGCAUUAUGCAAGAUAAAAAAAGUUUGUGAAAAUUAUGGGUUGAGACAAGACUAGGAAAAUCUUAUCAAACAUGAAAUCCAAAGGUGUGUCUCCCAUCAACUCUCUUCCAUAUAUGUGUGCAUGACAAAAUGGAUUUUUGCCCUUUCCCAAAAUCUAAGUUUGAUUUCUCAUAAUUUUCUUUUGGGUUUCAAUUUUGUUUGCGUAGGAAAUACAAGCAAAUCAAAUCAUGCUAAUGACUACCCUGUUAGGACUAUCGGACACUAGAAAUCAAUUCCACACAAUAACACAAGAAUAUUUACGUGGUUCGGCAAUUGCCUACGUCUACGGAGAGCGAUAUAUUAUCCGGAGAAAGAUUACAGAACUCUCUCACAAACACUCUCACACUUUGUUCUCUCUGUGUUGCUGCUUACUUUCUUUCCUCUCAGCCUCU